ACCGCCCAGUGGAGGUCUGGGAGUACGCCACGGGCCGCGCGGGGUCGCGGACCGAGCUCCUCCUCCAAGCGCAGGUGCGCUCGGGUCCGAUGCCUCCGAGGGCCCUCUCUGUCCGAGGGUUUCUCCUGUAGGUUGCUGUAGGAGGAGAGUGACUGUACCUGAAGCCCAGCCACUACACCGAAUCAGAGAGAGGCUCCAUCUUUUUCCAACAUGGCAGGUAAGAAAGUGCUCAUCAUCUAUGCACACCAAGAACCCAGAUCCUUCAAUGGAUCCCUGAAGAAAGUAGCUGUGGAAGAACUGAGCAAGCAGGGCUGCAUGGUCACCGUGUCUGAUUUGUAUGCCAUGAACUUUGAACCAAGAGCCACAAGGAAAGAUAUCACUGGUGCCCUCUCUAAUCCUGAGCUCUUCAAUUAUGGGGCAGAAGCUUAUGAAGCCUUCAAAAAGAGCUCUCUGACCAGCGACAUUGUAGAGGAGCAGAAAAAGGUGCAAGAAGCUGAUCUAGUGAUAUUUCAGUUCCCGCUGUACUGGUUCAGUGUGCCUGCUAUACUGAAGGGCUGGAUGGACAGGGUGCUGUGCCAGGGAUUUGCCUUCGACAUCCCAGGAUUCUAUGAUUCCGGUUUCCUCAAGGAUAAACUAGCCCUUCUUUCCUUAACUACCGGAGGUACAGCCGAGAUGUACACGAAAGCUGGGGUCAGUGGAGAUUUUCGGUACUUCCUGUGGCCACUCCAGAAAGCAGAAGCCAGCUGUUCCUUGCCUCUAAGAAUUGUCCACUCAUCCUUUGAGGCUGCUGCUUGUGCAGAUGUCCUAACAGGUGAGGAAAAGUGCCAUCAAGUAUUCUUCUUAUACCAAACAAGCUCGACCAGCGCCCCAGGCCUCCACCCGGGCAGGGGGCGGGGGCAGAGGGUAGUCCACACCCUCGCGCCAGCCGCGCUCCCUUCGGACCCCGAGAGCGCGGGCGGCCUCUGGAGCGGAGCGGCCUCGGGAGCGGCCGACGAGCGCGCCACCCGGGGGCUCCUCACCCCGACCGGCACCGGAGCGCGAUCGGACGCGCCCAGGGAGCGCAGGUGGACUCGACGGGACGCGGUGAGCUGGGGCGGGGGCGCGGGCUGCGCGGCUGGACGGCGCCCCCCGAGCCCGCCGAGCUCCGUGGUGGGUGCCACACCCGUCGUGGUCGUCCCUUGGCCCGUCCUGGCGAAGAGGUCGGAGCAACUUCUGCCCGGCCCACCUCCGUGUCUCCCCACCUGGGCGUCUGGAGGUUUUGCCGCGGAAGCGAAAGCACACGAAUCUUAG